AUGGGUGCUACUGAAGUGUUGAGCCGCAAGUCCGGUGUCAUUGUUGGCGAUGAUGUUUUGAGGCUGUUUGAGUACGCUCGCGAGCACAAGUUCGCCAUUCCUGCCAUUAACGUCACCUCUUCCUCUACCGUCGUCUCCUCUCUCGAGGCCGCCCGCGAUGCCAAGUCUCCCAUCAUCUUGCAGAUGUCCCAGGGUGGCGCGGCUUUCUUCGCUGGAAAGGGAGUUCCCAACGGCGAUCAGGCUGGCUCGAUUGCUGGUGCCGUCGCUGGCGCUCACUAUAUUCGCUCGGUCGCCCCAGCCUACGGCAUCCCCGUUGUCCUCCACACCGACCACUGCGCCAAGAAGCUCCUCCCAUGGUUGGACGGCAUGAUGGACGCUGACGAGGCUUACUUCAAGGCCACGGGCGAGCCCCUUUUCUCCUCCCACAUGAUCGAUCUCUCUGAGGAGCCUGUCGACUGGAACAUUGAGACCACGGCCAAGUACCUCAAGCGUGCUUCUCCCAUGAAGCAGUGGCUCGAGAUGGAGAUUGGUAUCACUGGUGGUGAGGAGGAUGGUGUCAACAACGAGGACGUUGACAACAACUCGCUCUACACUCAGCCUGAGGAUAUUCUCAACAUCUUCAACACCCUCUCCCCCAUCUCCCCCUACUUCUCCAUCGCCGCCGGCUUCGGUAAUGUCCACGGUGUCUACAAGCCUGGCAACGUCAAGCUGCACCCCGAGCUCCUCGGCAAGCACCAGGAGCACGUCAAGGCCGCUCUCAAGUCCGACAACCCCAAGCCCGUCUUCUUCGUUUUUCACGGCGGUUCAGGCUCCAGCAAGCAGGAGUUCCUCGACGCCAUCAGCCACGGUGUCGUCAAGGUCAACGUCGAUACCGACAUGCAGUUCGCCUACUGUGCCGGAAUCCGCGAGUACAUGGUCUCCAAGCAGGACUACCUUAAGACCUCCGUUGGCAACCCCGAUGGCGCUGACAAGCCCAACAAGAAGUUCUUCGACCCCCGUGUCUGGGUCCGUGAGGGUGAGAAGAGCAUGUCUGCUCGCGUCAAGGAGGCCCUCGAGGACUUCAACACUGCUGGUCAGCUGUAA